AAGCAGGCGGCAGGUUGGCAGCUGAAGUGCACCAGCAGUUUCUCCAGAUUUCCACUGGAUAGCUAUGUUUACUUGACUGCGCGGGUGAGUCUGGGAGCGCAGUCGCUCGUCCAUGUGAUUGGAUUCCACCUUACCUUCACUUGGUCGGAAGAAACGUAGGAACGAGGAAUAAGAUUGAUUGUAUCGGUGAGGCUGUCAGAAUUGAUCAUAUUGAUUAUAAACGGUCAACACUACAUAACCAAUUCGCGUAGCCACUCGAGAUUUGACUGCAACUUUCUGCGGCAUUCUUUGACCUCCAAGAAGAUUGCUCUGCGACGGACAGGAUAUAUUGAUGGAACGUUAGUUUACAUCACUCAGAAUAACGCAGCCGAGGACUGACUUUUUUUCUGGACAUUUUAUGCGUGCCAUAAAACUAGACAUCCUCUAUUUAGUAUAGCAAAUUCGCACAAUCACGUCUCUUGAACGGGCCGGCAAGUAUUUUGGAUAACCGUUUCUCUUGUGUAGGCAUAUCAAACAGAAGUCAAGACGAAAUCGUUCAAGAAUCCUUGCGCCGGCCGUCAGUGCGCGCGUGCUUUUGGAAACAUGGGUUGUACAUUAAGUGCAGAAGACAAAGCUGCUGUGGAGAGAUCAAAGAUGAUUGAUAAAAAUCUCCGCGAGGAUGGAGAGAAGGCAGCAAGGGAGGUAAAACUGCUCUUACUAGGUGCGGGGGAGUCGGGGAAGAGCACCAUUGUCAAGCAGAUGAAGAUCAUCCAUGAGGAUGGCUACUCAGAAGAUGAGUGUAAGCAGUACAUAGCUGUGGUCUACAGCAACACCAUUCAGUCCAUCAUGGCUAUCAUCAAGGCUAUGGGCAACCUCAAGAUCGACUACACAGAAGCCGCCAGAGAGGAUGACGCCCGCCAGCUCUUUGCCCUGUCGGCUGCUGCUGAGGAGCAGGGCAUCCUGCCCGAUGACCUGUCCAAAGUGAUCCGCCGCCUGUGGUCCGACAGCGGGGUGCAGAGCUGCUUCACACGCUCCAGAGAAUACCAGCUCAAUGACUCAGCCGCAUACUACCUGAAUGAAAUGGAGAGGAUAGCCAAAUCAGACUACAUCCCCACACAGCAGGACGUGCUGCGGACCAGAGUCAAGACCACUGGCAUCGUGGAGACACACUUCACCUUCAAAGACUUGCACUUCAAGAUGUUUGACGUGGGCGGCCAGCGCUCAGAGAGGAAGAAGUGGAUCCAUUGUUUUGAAGGAGUCACAUCCAUUAUCUUCUGUGUUGCGCUGAGUGCUUAUGACCUGGUGCUGGCUGAGGAUGAGGAGAUGAACCGGAUGCAUGAGAGCAUGAAGCUGUUUGACUCCAUCUGCAACAACAAGUGGUUCACAGAGACCUCCAUCAUCCUCUUCCUCAACAAGAAGGAUCUGUUUGAGGAGAAGAUUACAGGCAGCCCCCUGGCUAUCUGCUACCCCGAGUACACAGGAGCCAACAAAUACGACGAGGCAGCGAGUUACAUCCAGACUAAGUUUGAGGACCUGAACAAGAAGAAGGACACGAAGGAGAUCUACACCCACUUCACCUGCGCCACCGACACCAAGAACGUCCAGUUUGUCUUUGACGCCGUCACCGACGUCAUCAUCAAGAACAACCUGAAGGACUGUGGUCUCUUCUAGAGGCGGGGCCAGGGGAGGCAGGCCAGAGGAGGAGCUAAGGAGUGCUUGUACAAUGAGUCUGCUGCCUGGGGGAUAGAGUGGACAGACACACCACCGUCACAGACAGACUGUACCGGCCUUGAAAGCUCCUGCUUUUCAAUAUGGGGAAAAAACAUAACAAACUGAGAAGUUGGGAGAAAAAGCCUUGCAGAAUUAUUCCAAUGAUCACUUAUUCUCACCUGUCAUGUCCAUCCUCUCCCUCUUGUGUACGUUUGUUUAUUUCCUUUGCAUGUUAGAUAUUUAAUUUGAUUAGGGGUCUCUUUUUUCUUCUUCUGCCAAGUCUGAAUUUGAUCUCAGAUGUAAUUUUUUUUUCUCUCUUUUCUUUGUUGUUUUAUAAGUAUUAUCCCUUUACUUUAACAGAUGUCGGCAUUUUAUGAAACUUUCAAUUGCAUAAAGCUUUUUUGUUGUUGAAGGGAAACAAGUAUGGAGAGAGAACAUGAGUUGAGAGGAACACGUUUUUGCUAAUAUUUACAUGACAUACUAACGUUGUACGCUGUAUCAUAUCACUUAUUAUCGUUAUUACACUUGACUGUCCGUAGACGAUCAUAGCUGUACUUCUUUAGUCGCCACAAUGUAACAUUCCUUCCAAAACAAUUACAAAGAGUAAAGAAAAAAGUCUCAAUUUGAAGAUUUAAAAACCUUCAAGUUU